GGAGUAGGCAAAACACUCGUUACCCGUCAAGAAAAUUUGCGUAUAUUCGACGAAUACUGACCGGUUGUUUUUGGAAUAUAUCGUCGCAGUUGCGUUUAAUUAUUCAAUCGAGAGCUAAGAUUUCGAUCUUAGAUUUUAAUAUUUUGUUUUAAUUUGAUAAUAAAUGCCUGGACGAAGUAGGAGCCCCUCGGAGGGAAGGGAUCGAGGAGAUACUCAAGAUGAACGUCGACGUAAGCGAUCUAGAAGUAAGGAAAGGCGACGAAGAAGUCGUUCAAAAGAGCGAAGAAGAAGUCGCUCAAAUUCAAAAGAACGAAGAAACCGCAGAGGCUCCAGGGACCGGUCACGAGAGAGAAAACGAAGACGUUCUCGAUCCCGGUCACCUACUCGACGCCGGCGAAGUCGAUCAAGAAGCUACAGAAAACGGUGCUGAGAAAGACUCAAAAAAUAAAGAAGAACAUAAAGAAGAAAAGGAAGUUAAGGAGGAAAAAGAAAAAAGAGUUCCACUAUCUUUAGAAGAAAUAUUAGAAAAGAAAAAAGCUGAGGAAGCAGCUCUUAGUAAACCAAAGUUUCUUUCGAAAGAGGAAAGAACCAAACUAGCCUUACAGAAAAGACAAUUAGAAGUAGAGACUCAAAGAGCAGCGCAAGAAGAGGCACGUAAAAAGCAUCAUGCUUUUUUACAAGAAGCCAAAUACGGCGCAGAGGAUAACUUUGAAAGAGAAAGACGUGAAAGAAGGGAAAGACGGGAUAGGGAACGCGAACGCGAACGGGAACGUGAACGGGACCGAGAUCGGGAUAGGGAUCGGGAUCGCGACAGAGAUAGAAACCGUACGAAAGUCCCUCAUGCUGAUAUCGUUGAAGGAGGAAAUGUCAAAGAUCAAGAAAAAGCCUUUGAUGCUAUAAAAGAAAGAUAUCUUGGUCAAAUAAGAAAAAAGAAAAAAGUUCGUCGUUUGAAUGACAGAAAAUUUUUAUUUGAUUGGGAUCAGGGAGAAGAUACAUCAACUGAUUAUAAUCCUAUAUAUAAGGCCAAACAUCAAGUUCAGUUUUUUGGUAGAGGAAGUUUAGCAGGAAUAGAUUUAAAGUCUCAAAAAAAAGAGCAAGGAAAAUUUUAUGGUGAACUUUUAGAGAAACGCCGAACAAUUGAAGAGAAAGAUCAGGAAAGUAUAAGACUAAAUAAUAUUGCCAAGAAAGAAGCUAAAUUGAAAUGGGAUGAACGCCAUUGGUCUGAAAAGCCUUUGGAUGAGAUGACUGAUAGAGAUUGGAGAAUAUUUAAAGAAGAUUUUGCAAUAUCUUGUAAAGGAGGCAGUAUUCCUAAACCGAUAAGAAAUUGGAAAGAGGCUGACAUUAGGGAUGCUUUGAUUACUGUUAUAAAUAAAAUAGGAUAUAAGGAGCCAACACCUAUUCAGAGACAAGCCAUUGCUAUUGGUUUACAAAAUAGAGAUAUUAUAGGUGUGGCAGAAACAGGUUCAGGAAAAACCGCUGCGUUUCUCAUACCCUUGCUGCAAUGGAUCGAAUCUUUACCAAAAAUCGAAAGAAUGGAAGACGCUGAUCAGGGUCCCUAUGCAAUUAUUCUUGCUCCAACUCGUGAAUUAGCCCAGCAGAUAGAAGAGGAAACUUUGAAGUUUGGUGGUCCUUUGGGAAUUCGUACUGUAGCCAUUAUCGGUGGUAUAUCCAGAGAAGAACAGGGAUUUAAAUUACGACAAGGCUGUGAGAUCGUUAUUGCUACACCCGGGCGUCUGAUCGAUGUUCUCGAAAACCGAUAUCUUGUUUUAAGUCGAUGUACCUACGUCGUUAUGGACGAAGCUGACAGAAUGAUUGAUAUGGGUUUUGAACCUGAAGUUCAAAAGAUCUUGGAAUAUUUACCCGUUACUAAUCAAAAACCAGAUACAGACGAUGCGGAAGAUGUCCAAAAGUUGAUGGAGAAUUUUUACACCAAAUCUAAAUAUAGACAAACCGUUAUGUUCACAGCUACUAUGCCUCCGGCAGUAGAACGUCUUGCUCGCACUUACCUAAGGCGACCAGCCAUUGUUUAUAUAGGUUCAGCAGGUAAACCUACUGAACGAGUCAAACAAAUAGUGCACUUAAUAUCUGAGCAAGAAAAACGUAAAAAGUUAUUGGCAAUUCUUGAUGAAGGUAUCGAACCACCUAUUAUUAUUUUUGUCAAUCAAAAGAAGGGUGCUGACGUUCUUGCUAAGUCUCUAGAGAAGAUGGGAUAUUUAGCUUGCACGUUGCACGGAGGAAAAGGUCAAGAACAAAGAGAAUACGCUUUAGCCUCACUUAAGGGUGGACACAAACAUAUUUUAGUGGCUACAGACGUUGCCGGAAGAGGUAUUGACAUUAAGGACGUUUCACUUGUCAUCAAUUACGAUAUGGCUAAGUCGAUCGAAGAUUAUACACAUAGAAUAGGAAGAACAGGCAGAGCUGGUAAAGAGGGAACUGCAGUGACCUUUUUAACAAAAGAUGACUCUACAGUUUUCUACGAAUUGAAACAGUGUAUUUUGGAGUCUCCAGUAUCGAAUUGUCCGCCAGAAUUAGCUAACCACCCAGACGCACAGCACAAGCCUGGAAUUGUCGUGACAAAGAAAAGACGUGAAGAAACAGUUUAUAUAUGUUGA